ACUCCGAACCCGUUCUUGAUUGGCCUCGGGCCCACGCGAGGGAGGGGGUCUGUCGUCCAGAGGCGGGGUGAGCGGCGAGCGCUGCUGUCAGGAGCAGGAGGGGGAGCCGCUGCUGGGGCCCCCUCCGCCAGCUGCUCUGAUGCCGGGGGCGUCCGAGCAGGCGGAGACCCAGCAGGAAGAGCCGCCGCAGCCGCCGUCGGAGCAGCAGCAGCAGCAGCAAGCGACAGAAGAGGAGCCGACUCCGCCUCCCAGCGGCCGCCGGCGUCCCCCGCCUCCUCUCACAGUCACUGUCGAGCAGGGGGAGGAGUCCAGCGGCAGUCGCGUACUCCGGGGAGGCCGGGAGCGCGGACGGGCUGCUGCAGCCGCCGCCGCCGCCGCCGCCGCCGCAGCUGCUGCCGCCUCACGCCGAAGGAAAGCCGAAUACCCGCGCCGCCGUCGCAGCAGCCCCGGCGCCCGGCAGAGCCAGGAGCCGGAGGAACUUCCGGGCGCGGAGGCCGAACCGCCACCAACCGUCGCCCCGCCCGCCGCUCCCUGCAGGAAGGGAACCCCACGCGGCGCAUACCUCGAUAAAUCUACAGUGAAAGAUCCCAAAGAAGAGACAGAAGAGGAAGAAGUCUCCAAUAUUAUUGCUACUGCAACCCCAGUCAGUACAGCCAGGCCCAGUCGAGGUUGGCGUAGCAACAGGGCAACUGCUGCCAUUCAUCAGUGUGAUGCAGAGAAUUCACGGAGCUCUAGAUCCAGGACUGGGUCCCUGCAACUCAUCUGCAAAUCAGAACCAAACACAGAUCAGCUAGAAUUUGAGGUUACAGAAGAGCAUUCGUCUCCAGCUGGAAUCAGUGAUGAAGAAGAAAUGUUCAUCAGUGAAGAAGAGGUUCCCUUCAAAGAUGAUCCCAGAGAUGAAACCUAUAAACCCCAUUUAGACAGAGAAGCUCCAAAGCAAAGAAAAAAAGCUGGAAAGGGAAAAGAAGAAAAAGAGAAACAGAAAGAGAUAAAAGUGGAGGUGGAAGUCAAAGAAGAAAGUGAGUUUCGGGAAGAUGAGGAGCCACCUAGAAAGAGGGGAAGAAGGAGAAAAGAUGACAAGAGCCCACGGCUUCCGAAAAGGAGGAAGAAACCCCCAAUACAAUAUGUACGUUGUGAGAUGGAAGGAUGCGGCACAGUUCUUGCACACCCUCGCUAUCUGCAGCAUCACAUCAAGUAUCAGCAUCUGCUGAAAAAGAAAUAUGUAUGUCCUCAUCCAUCUUGUGGGCGACUCUUCCGGCUCCAGAAGCAACUUUUGCGGCAUGCCAAACACCACACAGAUCAAAGGGAUUAUAUCUGUGAAUACUGUGCCCGUGCUUUCAAGAGUUCCCACAAUCUGGCAGUUCACCGAAUGAUCCACACAGGCGAAAAGCCAUUACAAUGUGAGAUCUGCGGAUUUACCUGCCGGCAAAAGGCCUCAUUGAACUGGCACAUGAAAAAGCAUGAUGCAGAUACCUUUUACCAGUUUUCAUGCAAUAUCUGUGGAAAGAAGUUUGAGAAGAAGGACAGCGUUGUAGCACAUAAGGCCAAGAGUCACCCAGAGGUGCUUAUUGCUGAAGCACUGGCAGCCAAUGCAGGCGCCCUCAUCACCAGCACUGACAUCCUGGGUUCUAAUCCAGAGUCCAUUGUCCAGCCCACUGAUGGCCAGGGCCUUCCCCUUCUUCCAGAUCCCCUUGGGAACACCACUCCAGAAGAGUGCCUAUUGCUGAACCCUGAUGGGAUGCCUAAGGCAUAUUGCAGUGGGAGUGACCGGGUCAAUCUGAUGGCCGACGGGAAGAUCUUUGUUGGCAGUGCUAGUGGUGAGAGUACAGAAGGGUUGGUCAUGAACACGGAGAUCCUUGGAGCUACCACUGAAGUUCUAAUUGAAGAUUCUGAUUCUACCGGACCUUAGUGGGAGAGGAGCACAUGUGUGUUGGGACAACUUGAACUUGUAUUUAAAAGAAUAAAUGGGGGGAAGAAACUUACUCAGUGCUGAGAAACUAAAACAUUUAAAUUACUAGUCAAAUAACUAAAGGGCCUGCUCCUUCUCUGCCCCACCUCACCCCCCCACCCCCGAAUGGAUCACUACACAUUCUUUCACAGUUCCCUUCUUGGAGAGGAAUGUUGCCUUUACCCUGAGAUUGACAAAGCAAAAGAAUUCUUGCAAUGCAGUGAAGGGAAGCAGCCAGAGCCUAUCCCCCCUCCCUGCCCUCCCAAAGUAAGCAAACCUCCUGCUUCUUGACCAUUUUGCAAGACUGAAGUUGUUUGUACUCUGGACCAGUAUCUCAUUCUUGGAACCUCCUUUGUUCCUCCAGUUGCAUCAUCCUGUUCUAUGCAUUAUUAAAUUCUGACCCUUGCAGGCUCUUAUUUUUUCUUCUAGGGCUUGGGAAUAUAGCUUGGCACUUUAGAACCUCUCAUCAGGAUGAGCUGUAAAACAGCAUAUAUUUCUCAUUUUUCUCAUCCUUCCCCUCUGCCUCUGUAAGAAAGAGAGGGUACUGGCGCUCUGGUGCUCACUUUUUAAAAGAGGGGUGCCAUCCUUUUAUAUAGUUGCUCUGGCUGCAAAAGUCCUGUGUGGGAGAGGCAGUGAGAAUGGGUGCUAGGCUUGUAAAAGAAAACUUGCACUUUGAACUUGUCUUGUUUUAAGUUGUGAUAACAAAUUCCUUAUUUAUUUGAGGUUUUUUUUUAAAGAUCUGUUUUAGUUGCUGUCUAGGAAGGAUUUUCUUUCAAAACUGAAAAUCCUUUGUAAAAGAUAUAAAGCAGAAGCAGCCUCUUCAACAAACUAUGUUUAGGAACUGACCCUCAUCCUACGUGAAGGAAAUGGCUAGUGAAAAAGAGUAGGUUUUAGCAUCCUUUCUAGUGAACAGUGAAGCUCCUGUUUGCUUCAGCAUUUGUUGUUGUUUGGAGGGGGAAGGGUUUCUUUGUGGAGGAGUGAUGGCCACUUCAAAUAUUUUAGCUGCUGCGGUCAUUGAUCCUUUCCUCACAUUUUACUCAAUUAUGUUGCAUUGUUACCUUUGCCUUUCUCUCUAGCUUUGAUGGGCUAAUGCCAUUAAGAGCAGCAAGUCUUGUCUUAUGGAAGUUAUAUUAACUGCUAAAUAGCUUGACAGCUCAUCCUCUAAUACACUCUGCCUCUUAGGCAUUUUGAUCUGGUCCUUAAAAAACAUUAAGAGGCAAAACUGACAUUGGGUAGUGGCAACUCCAGUUCUCAGCCAUAAAUUCCAUAUUCUCACAGACAUGUAUCUUCUUCUUUACAUGAAAUUUGGUGGUUUGGGUAUCACUGAGGGUAAAGCAUGUCUAUAUUUUCUGAAGAACAUAAAAAGCAACUGUGAUUGUUCAAAUAUUUACUUAGGACAUAAUUUGCAUGAGCUCUUGAGAGCUUAUGGUGGCACAAUAUCUUGGUGAUCAUAGCCUUUUCUUUUAGUGACCUAGUAUAUUCAUAUGACCAAGGACUGAGUUGAGGAAUUCUGUUGGGCAUGAUCAUAAUUAAACAGUUUCAUGUUGCUAACUUGUGUUGGAACAGUGCAUAUACUCAAGGACAGACAUAUUUUAGUCUAGAGCUGUAUUUCGCAUAGUUCUAAGCCCUGCUGUGUAGCACUCACUAGCAUUAACUGUACUUAUUCCCAGCCUCAUCUUUUUACAGUUUUGAUUAUCUGGAGAAGUCUAAAUGCAAUUCCUUUACUUGGCUGAAAGGUAAGAAUCAACAGAGUAUAAGAUGAAGCAAUCUAUUUUAGCCUUCCAGAAGUUUUAACCCAUAUCACACUGCAAUACACAACUAGUGUGUUGCAUACAACCUAGGGGCUGUAUACUGUACAGGCCUGACACUACUUUGUGAUUAAGGUUGGCGCUAGAAAAGUGUUUGCAAUUGAAAGCUUGUUAUGUGUACUGCUGAUGAGGCUGCCCUCUUAUCUUGACUACAAUAUAUUGGAUUUCACUCUA